CUAACAGAUGAGCUGCCUUCAUGCAAUUCCACCGAUAACAUACUAGGUGUAACACUGACCGAGUUGAUGUCCACCUUCCAUACGGAGACCUCUGCCGCUGUCCCGAGACGGAAAACUGACACGAAAAGCAGCAAACAUAACCGACGCGUCCGUGCAUCUGGCAUCUUCAUCGGCGCGUCUACUACAGGUCAGAGUCGCAUCCGCCUCCAGGUCCGGGGUGCUUCGUGUUGAAGUUCACGCUGUCACCACCAGAGGGCGACAGAACUCUGGAGAGGCCGCUAGCUUGAAACAACUGCAACUUGAGUGUUCCUGCUGAGGAUGAAUUGAAAGACAAGUUCAAGAAAAGUGAGCAUGUUGCUUUUUACAGGCGACAGAUCCAGGGGCCAAACCCGCAGCACCGAGCCCUUUUGGACACCAUGGUGCUCACAGAGAAGGGGGCACGUUUUGAACUGUUGGAGUAUGGCACGCAGAAGUUGCUGCUUCUCUCUGUGUCGCCAUGCAAAAAUGGCACUGUGAGGAUAUUAAUAGAUGAGCUCCAGCCCAUUAAAGCCCGCUACCGAGUUCCAGAUGUGAUAACAGGGGAGGCACAGUGUGAACAGUUGAGAGUGGAGAGACGGUCUGAGGACUCCGUCACCCUUUCUUGGUCCUCGGGACGUCACCAGGUUUGCGUGUGGCGCUUCCCUUUCCGGCUGGAAAUCCUGUGUGAAGACGAAACGAUGGUGACGCUCAACUCCAAAGGCAAACUGUGGUUCGAGACUCUGCAGGAUCCACCCAGGGCCACAGCUCAUGGUGGAGAGCGCCAAGGGGGCCACACAAGUUUUUUAUGGAAAGAGACAUUCGGGCACUUUGUGGACAUCAAAGCUAAUGGUCCCACCAGCAUCGGGUCGGACCUCAGCUUUCACGGCUUCACUCAUGUGUUCGGUCUACCAGAGCACGCUGACGGCCUUCGGCUCAGGGACACCAGAGACGGCGAACCGUACCGCCUGUACAACUUGGACGUCUUUGCCUAUGAAUUGUACAGCCGCCUCGGCCUGUAUGGCUCUGUGCCGCUGUUGGUGGCCCACAAGCCCGACAGGACUUUGGGGGUGUUUUGGCUGAAUGCAUCCGAAACCUUUGUGAACGUUCAUUACAGCUCAUCUGAGCAUCAGGCUGACCAGACACCCCCGGCGAAGAGGAGGCACGUGCAGCCUCAGACUGACGUGCACUGGCUGUCAGAAAGUGGCGUGAUUGACUGCGUGGUUCUGCUCGGGCCCAGUCCACAGCAGCUCUUCUCCCAGUAUGCCCAGCUGACAGGAUAUCAAGCCCUGCCCCCGCUGUUUGCGCUCGGGUACCACCAGUGCCGCUGGAACUACAACGACGAAGCUGACGUGAAGGCUGUAGAUGCUGGAUUUGAUCGCCACGGUAUUCCGUACGACGUUAUCUGGCUGGAUAUCGAGCACACGGACGGGAAGCGUUACUUUACCUGGGACUCUGCUCUUUUCCCCGAACCGGCCGACCUGCAGCGAUACCUCGAGAAGAAGAAGAGGAAGUUGGUUGUUAUAAGCGAUCCCCACAUCAAGGUUGACCCCGAUUGGCCGCUGUACUGUGAGGCCAGAGACGGAGGGCAUUUUGUCAAGAACAGGGAGGGGCAGAUCUAUCACGGCUCAUGCUGGCCUGGUAAUUCCUCUUACCUUGACUUCAGCAGCCCAGACACUCGAGCAUGGUACUCCAGAUGUUUCAGCCUGGAUAAGUACAAGGGGUCGACGCCAUCGUUAUAUGUGUGGAAUGAUAUGAACGAACCGUCUGUGUUCGACGGGCCCGAGCAGACGAUGCCAAAGGACGUAGUGCAUUAUGGGGGCUGGGAACACCGGGAAUUACACAACCUGUACGGCUUCUACCAGCACAUGGCCACAGUGGAGGGUCUCAUAACUCGCUCAGGUGGCUUGGAGAGACCGUUUGUCCUGUCACGCUCCUUCUUCGCUGGGUCACAGAGAUUUGGAGCCGUGUGGACAGGUGACAACGUUGCCAGCUGGGAGUACCUGAAGAUCUCCAUACCGAUGCUUUUGUCUCUAAGCGUGGCAGGCGUAGCAUUUUGUGGAGCUGAUGUUGGCGGGUUCUUCCAGGACCCGGACCCGGAGCUGCUGGUGCGCUGGUACCAGGCAGCCGCCCUGCAGCCGUUUUUCCGAAGCCACUCUGCAAACGUGACAAAGCGUCGUGAGCCCUGGCUGUUUGGAGAGAAAGUCACCGCUGCCAUCCGCACUGUGAUCCAGCAGAGGUACUGUUUGCUGCCGUACUGGUACACUCUGUUCCACCGGGCUCACACCUCAGGUCUGCCUCCACUCAGGCCUCUGUGGGUGGAGUUCCAGAGAGAAGAGAGCACCUUCACUGUGGACAACCAAUAUAUGAUUGGUGGAGCCCUGCUGGCCUGUCCUGUAACCGAACCGGGUGUUCAAGAAGUCCAAGUCUUACUUCCUGGAUCUGGUGAGGUGUGGUAUGAUGUCCACUCUGCAGAGGUGUAUGAAGGAGGCGUGACGCUGAGUCUUCCAGUCACUCUGGACACAGUUAGUGUUUGUGUGGAUUCUCACAGCAGCAGGGCUCACUGUAAUGUUCCGGUGUUCCAGCGUGGCGGCUCUGUGGUCUGCAGGUCAGCAGGAAGUGGCUCCUGCACCGCCGAGCUCCAGCAGCUCCCCCUCUCCAUCACUGUGGCCCUCAACUCUCAGGGCGCCGCUGAUGGUGAGUUGUACCUGGACGACGGCCACUCCUUCAGCUACCGUGACAGAAAGGCCUUCUGCCUGCGCAGGUUCAACAUGCUGUCAGGCCGUCUGCUCUGCCGUCCUGCCUGUGAAGAAGGAACUUUUGACUGCGAUGCUGCGAUACAGUCGGUCACCGUCCUCGGCGUGAAGAACAAACCGUCCGCAGUGCUUGUGCACCUGGCAGGUGCUGAGGACGCCUCUGCUGCAUUUCAGCACACAGAGACCUGCAGCAGGCUGACAGUGAGCAGCCUGAGCCUCAGAGUGUCGAUGGACUGGGAGAUACAGAUACUGUAGGUUAACUCCUUCCUGUUCAUGUGAGGAGAACGUCAGGUUCACCGAACAGCCAGUGAGUCUGAAACCAAGCGUAAACAGGACAAUGUCCACCACAAGCCUGUUAUAAUUAGUUCGCUUGUAACGAACCUCAGAUUUACUUCCAUUUUUUAAAAUUUACUUUGAGCUCUUUAAAGAAAAACCUAAGAAUCAUCCCUCCACUGACUUUUUAAAAACUUAAAAAUAAUCAUAAACGUCAAGAGAACAAAAGAGAUGUGUUUUAAUUUGUUAACGAGGAGAUUGUUAUUAAUAAUAAUGAGAAAUUAUCUGUGGUUUUAAAGUUGUGGAGUGAAUGUUUGCUGAAUAAAGAGCGAGCUGAUGUGCAGCUUCCAACGU